AUGAAAGGCCUCGUCGCCGGCUACGCCUCGUCCGGCGACGAGGCGUCGUCGUCGGACGACGAGCCCGCCAAGCCCCCGCGCGCCGCCGUGCGCGAGGGUCCGCGCGCGGGCCGGCGCGAGUCGCGGUGGGCGAUCCAGGCGCGCGCGAUCCUGCCGCCCGACAUCCGGGCGGCGCUCGAGGGCGGCGCGGCCUGGAGCGACGACGACGACGGCGCGGCGCCGGCGGCGGCCGCCGCGGCGCCCGCGAAGGUGCGCGGCGGCGCGCGCGGCCACGCGCUCCUCGCGGCGCUGCCGGCGCCGGAGCACGCGACGCCCGCGCCGCCGGAGCCGCUGCCGCCGCCGGCGCCGGCGCCGCCGCCGGCCACCGCCGCCGACUCGGACGACGACUCGGACGGCGGCCCGCCCGCCGGGGGCGCGUUCUUCGCGCUCCCCGCGCGGGGCCGCGCGCGCCGCGCGGCGGCGGCGCCCGUCGCCGUCGCCGCGGCGCCGCCCGUGGGCCCGCCCGCGGGCCCGCUCGCGGGCCCGCGGCGGUCGCGCGCGCCGCCGCCGCUCGCGGCCAGCCCCUACGCGGCGCCGCCCGCGCCGCCGCCGCCGCCCGCGCCGCCCGCGCGGUCGGCCGCGCGCCGUAGAAGGGACGCCGAGGCCGCGCUCGCCAAGGGCGACGUCGCCGCCUUCGCGCAGCUCCAGGGCGCGCAGGGCGUCGUCGUCGCCGACGUCGCGCCGCGCGUCGAGACGCGGUCCGCGGACGAGCUCCUCGCCGCCUCGGAGCGCCGGGCCCCCGAGGUCUCCAUCGCGGCGGCCUUCUACAACACGCAGACCGGCCAGACGACGACGACGACGCGCCCGACGAAGACGCAGAAGCGCAAGCACCAGAUCAACUCGCUGGCCAUCGCCGCGGCCGAGCGAGAGCUCGAGCUCAUGGAGAAGCGCGGCCGGGCGACCAAGACGAAGGCCGAGACGAACGCGAAGUACGGCUGGUAA